CCUCGACUCCAAACGAAGAAAGAAAGAUGGCUCCUUUGCCUCCCUCAACCGCCGCCGAGUCCUCGCAGGCUAGAGCCGCCCCCUUCACUGGACUCCUCUCCUCCGCCUUCCACCACCUUCCCUUCUCUUUUCCUCUCCUCCCGCCGAAGCUCUCCGGCCUCGACCAUGCGGCGACGGCCCACGUCGUGGGCCCCCAUUCCUCCCUCCUCUCCGCCGCCGAGCGCUGCGUUAAGACGUUGGCCGCCGCCCUCUCCGAGCAUCCAUUCUUCAAGCCCCUCCUAUCCACCCACUACGAGCUCCAAAGAUUCUGCCAGAUGCGUUUCAGAAGCCCUAGGUUCGUGAGUUUACCUUCUGGCCACAGCUUUGCAGCAAUAUUGCCGGGAGACUCAGUAGCUGGGCUGGUGGUGACCAAUGGCAUCAUCAACUUCUUGAACAUAUACAACACUCUGCUGAUAGUAAGGCUGGUGCUAACGUGGUUUCCCAACUCUCCUCCGGCCAUUGUCAGCCCUCUCAGCACUAUAUGUGAUCCCUAUCUCAACAUUUUCCGAGGGAUUAUCCCACCACUUGGUGGAACACUUGAUCUUUCCCCCAUCCUGGCUUUCCUUGUUCUCAACGCCUUUACUAGCACUGCUACUGCUCUUCCAGCUGAGCUUCCAGGCGCUAUAACAUCUCAGCGGAAUACUUGCAAACAACACUGGUCUUUUAGCCUUACCACGACACAAGAAAAGUGGCUGAGAAGGAUAAACAGCAAAAGAUCCAAGAACUCAGAUGAUGUCUGUUAGGUUAUGAUCCUACUACUCUUUGUUUGUAUGAGACCGCAUAACGUUCAAUGUCUGUAAAAAGUCUUUGUUCGUAUGCAUUAUUUUUCGUCUUAAUGAUUCAAUCUCAGUUUUUGCGCAUUAUCUCA